CUUUGAUGAGGUUCUUCGGAUGGAUCUGGAAGUCACCUGAGACCAGGAAGACAGAGCAGAGAGAAUGAAGCCAGGCCUUGGAGAAGGCUGUUCCCAGGGCAGGCAGCUGCAAUUCCCCCCUCCCCCCCGCCUCGCAGCUUUCCGAACCGCCUUCCGGGCGCGGGGCGCGCUGGCAGUGCUGCAGCAUUUCGACCCCCUCUACAGCUUGCUCCACCACUUCCGAGCUGUGCAGACUGCUGUCAAGGAGGAUGCCCUGGAGCUGAUGAUGCAGGUGGUGUCCAAACAUUCCAAUGAACUUCCUGCCAUCUUGGGUGAUUCUGAGUUGAGCCAUGCAGACCGCAGUGCACACCUCAAUGCUCUCAAGAUGAACUGCUAUUUGCUGACUGGCCUGAUGGAUGCCUUUGAAAUGGAAACCUGCAAUAAUAGUUUGUUGGAGGUGGAUCCUGGUGGGAAGAACAAGAAAAACCGUACCAAGACCGCUCAAUCUUCAUGGGAAGAGGAGAGGGAGCCACUUUUACAACUGCUCACGCAGCUGCUGCAGCUGGAUCUCCGUCAGCUUUGGGGUGGUUUUGUGGUGGAAGAAGAGUUUGUCAGCUUAAUGACAGGAAGCUGCUACCGUAUCCUGGAGAAUCCAAGUAUUGGUCUUCAGAAGCACCGGGCCACACGGGAGGCUGUGACACAUCUACUUGCUGCAGCUCUGGUUCAUUAUGAUCACAUGUUCAGUGCCACUCUGAAGAUCACGCAGAUGCUGCAGCACUUUGAACAUGUAGCCCCAGUGUUUGCGCAGGCUGUGAGCCUCUGGGCUACAGAGUAUGGUCUGAAGAGCCUGGUGGGCGAAUUGCUAAGGGAAAUUGGACAGAAAUCUCCGCAGGAUCUGGCUCGUGAUACUUCUGGAGUCAAAGGUUAUGCUACCUUUAUAACUGAACUGUCUGAACGGAUUCCAGCUCUGGUGUUAUCCAACAUGAGCGUUCUCCUGCGUCACUUGGAUGGGGAGAGUUAUAUGAUGCGAAAUGCCAUUCUGGCGGCUAUGGCAGAAGUGCUGACACAGGUGCUGAAUGGUGACAAGCUGGAGGAAGUUGCCCGUGGUACUCGGGACCAGUUCCUGAAUAUGCUGCAGGCCCACAUCUGUGACAUCAAUGGCUUUGUGCGCAGCCGUGUGCUGCAGCUUUUCACUCGAAUCGUUCAGCGCAAGGCCCUGCCUUUGACUCAGUUUCAGUCUGUGGUAUCGCUGGCUGUUGGGCGUCUCAAAGACAAAUCUGUGGUAGUAGUUAAAAAUGCGAUCCAGCUCCUGGCUGCGUUUUUGUCCAACAAUCCCUUCUCCUGCAAGUUAAGCUGUGCUGACUUGGCCGAGCCACUGAAAAAAGAGACGCAGAAACUGCAAGAAAUGAGAGACCAUGGCAGAUCCACAGCAGCUCCAGCAAUCACCCCAGAGGAAGAGUGGGAAGCAAUGCUGCCAGAAGUUAGGGCUGCCACACAGCAGCUCUUUCAACCACCGCAGGAAGGGGAAGAGGAGGUGCUGGAAGUUGAGGAAACGGCGGAGAGUACAUCGGAGCAAAUCACUGGGCUGCUGAGGAAGCUGAAUUACAAGAGUGCAGCCCGCCUUACGCAGAAGGCCCUGUGUCGCUUCCAGGGGAAGGAGCCCUUCAGUGGCCCUACAGAGGAUAACGAGGAGGCAACAAUCUUGGGUGUUCUGAAGAGACUUUACACAGGUUCAUGCCCAGGUGAGAACAGUGAGGAUCCUCCGCGUGGCAACAGUAGUCUUAAUACUGAAGAAGUUGUACCAGAAGAGCAGCCUCAGUCAGAGCUGGUCAAACAGGAGAUGUUGGUGCAAUACCUGCAAGAUGCUUACGACUUCUCCGUGAAAAUCACAGAAGCCCUGAGCCUGAUCAGCAGGAUGAUGUACGAAAACUCUGUCUCAGUGGUGCAGGAAGCCAUUGAGUUCUUUGUGACAGUCUCAAAGUUUAGUGUGCCUCAGGCACUGCUUGGAGUCCGCAGGAUGCUCCCCCUCAUAUGGUCAAAAGAGCCUGCUGUUAAGGAGGCUGUACUGAAUGCCUACAGGCGGCUCUAUCUGAACCCCACUGGGGAUUCAGAGAGGGCCAGGGCCCAGAGCCUGGUGCAUUCUCUCUCUCUCAUCAUGGUGGAUGCAUCGCUAGGAACAAUACAGUGCUUAGAAGAAAUAAUCUCAGAGUUUGUGCAGAAGGAUGAAGUAAAGCCUGCUGUGAUCCAGCUGCUAUGGGAGCGGUUCACAGAAAAAUCUCAGUGCUCGUCACUAGAACGACGUGCUGCUGUGAUGCUGCUGGGGAUGAUGGCACGAGGGAAGCCGGAGAUCGUAGGUAGCAACCUGGAUGUCUUGGUGACAGUAGGGUUGUCCGAGAAGGCAUGUGAAGACUAUCGCCUGGCUCAAGAAGUAUGCAAUGCAAUUUCCAAACUUGCCAGUAACCCUAAGCCAGCACAGGGAAAGAACAAGGCACCUUUUCGACUGCCACAGAACCACAUGCUCUUUGGUUGCCUGAGUGAGACUGUGAGUAAAGGCUUUGCCCAACGAAGUGGUCACUGGAUCCCUUUCAUGGAGGCAGCAGUAAUGCUCAUCUACCAGCUGGCAGAAGGGGCAGAGGAGAUAUGUGCUCAAAUCCUGCAAGACUGCAGUCGGCAAGCUCUGGAGAAGCUGCAGGAGGCUGAUGGGCAGAAAGCUGAUCCAGCGGUUUCUCCCAGCAGAGUUUCUGAUGGUGAUAGCAGUCUCCCCACAUUCCUGCUGAUGCACCUGGUGUCCCUUGUGGGACAGGUGGCACUGCAGCAGGUAGCAUAUUUGGAAGUAUCUGUGAGUGCAGAGCUACGCAGACGCCGCAUCCUUAGAGAGGAGGAGAAGACCAAGAAGCAUUCUGACAGCAGCACAAAGAAGCAGAGACCCCAGAGCACAGGAAAUGAGACCACUAUGGAGGAAGAGCUGGGCCUUGUGGGGGCCUCAGCUGAUGACACAGAAGCUGAACUCAUCCGCAGUAUUUGUGAGACAGAACUUCUAGAUGAGAAGCACCUGUUCUCUGCCUUUGUUCCACUGGUGCUCAAGAUCUGCAACAACCCUGGGCUCUACAGUGAUCCAGCCCUCUCAGCUGCUGCAGCCCUCGCUCUUGGCAAAGUCUGCAUGAUCAGAUGGGAUUUUGGUAUCUAUGCCUUCUUUUCUGUACCCUGUCCCGUCAGCUCUGAGUUCUGUGACUCCCACUUGCGCCUGCUGUUCACCAUGAUGGAGAAGUCCACUCUGCCUGGUGUGAGAUCCAACCUCGUUAUUGCAGCAGGAGAUCUGGCCAUCCGUUUCCCCAACCUGGUGGAGCCUUGGACAUCACAUCUCUAUGCCAGGUUGCGGGACCCAUGCCCAAGCGUGAGGCAGACGGCUGGACUGGUGAUGACUCACCUCAUCCUCAAAGACAUGGUAAAGGUGAAGGGCCAAGUGAGCGAAAUGGCAACUCUGCUUAUAGACCCAGAGGAGGCAAUCAUGGGAGUGGCUCAGAACUUCUUCAGUGAACUCUCCAGCAAGGAUAAUGCCAUCUAUAACCUGCUUCCAGACAUAAUCAGUCGUCUCUCAGAUCCUAACUGUGGCGUAGAGGAGGAAUCCUUCCACGUUAUUAUGAGACAUCUUUUCUCCUAUAUUACAAAAGACAAACAGACAGAGAGCUUGGUGGAGAAACUUUGUCAGCGAUUCCGGACUGCCAGAACUGAGCGUCAAUAUCGGGAUCUGGCCCACUGCCUUACUCUGCUUGCCCUCUCAGAACGGGGCCUUCGCAAGCUGCAGGACAACUUUGACUGCUUUGCAGACAAGCUCCAAGACCCAGCUGUCUACAGCUGUUUCCAAACUGUGAUGGCUCGAUUCCGCAGAGCAGGCGGCAAACCUGAGACUAAAGUUUUGGCUGAAGAACUGGAGCAGAAGCUGGCUGCCUCCCAUAACCGAGGGCUGGAUUCAGCAGAGACAUGCCAGGAAGGUAGUGGAACUCCAAUGCCAGAGCCAGCCAAGCGGAAAACAACAGGAGGUUCAUGCCGCCAUCCCCUGAACACAGUCAACAGGGAUGAAGAUUUUGUCACCCCUAAGCCUCGCAAUCUCCGAAACCCUAAGCGUGCCCAAAAGCGUCCUCCAUGCAAAAAAGCCAUUAUCACCUUCUCCAGUGAUGAGGAGAACAGCUCUGAGGACGAGCUAUCGGCAGAAUUAAGAGAGGAAGAAACCCCCACCAAAACAACCCCCAUCACCAGAUCUUCAGCCCGCCGGUUGCGCUGAGGGAACCAUCUGCCACUGUCUUUAACUAAAAAUAAAACUUGUUUUAUACAGCAGUCGUCUUCUCUUGUCUGAAUUACACCAUAAUAUGGCAAUGCUUUAACUGAGGACAAAAUGGAAGUUGCACA